AUGAUUUUAGAGGCUAUAGAAUUACGGAUAAUGGCAGGCAUUUACAGUUUGGAGCAACUUAAGGCUAUGAUGGGCACCCAAAACCUGUUUGCAUCGUAUCAACCAGUUUUAAAUCACGUAUUACAAAAAUUGGUUAAAAUAGAGGAACAGAAUAGUCAGAUUAUAGCUCUUCUAAAAGAGCAAAGAAAAACAAGAGGUGGAUUACUACCCUUAAAAACCGAGUGUCCAAUUGAUCAUUAUGAUCAAUUGUUAGAUUUUAUUGAAGAAAUAGAGGAAACACAAGAUGCAAAGCAUCUGUUGGUAUCCUAUUUGUCUAGUUUAGGAGGUGAAGGAGUGGUUUCAAAAACUAAUAGAAUUCUUAAAGAAUUAAUGACUGAUAAACUCGCUUCUGAAUUCAACUUUUGUGGGGGUCAUCAUAAGAGAGCAUUUAAGGAAUUACAAAUUAUAAAUAUUAUAAUAGAUGCAGUUAAGGUAACUACAAAGUCUUCAACCUUGGACAUUGAAAAUGCAAUUAAAGUGUGGCUAAAACAUGCUCCUCAACGGAUAAAAAUUGCAGCAGCAAAGGCCGAGAAACGAAAUAGAUUUUGUUAGAAUUUAUCAUGUUAUUUUUUAAUUUUUAAAAUGUUAAAAAAGCAAAAGCUAAAAAGUAUUGUAGGCAGUUAAAUAGAAGAAUUUUAAAACAGGUUUUAAAAAGAAUUAUGUCUCUUAGAUUAGGAUUACCCUUAGCAAAAUCAAAAUUCUAUGGAAUAUAAAAAGAAACAAUUAAUAACUUCAUUGCCAUCAAAUAAAUUUGAUGAAAAUGAUCUAAAUGUCAAUAAUAAUGAGGUAGUAUUACUCCACUCAAUCAAUCACCUGUAAGGAAUGAAUUAGUCAGCUCACUAAAUGAUUCUAUUACAGCCACUCCUAAUUUCUUACCUCUUAAUUUGCACGAACGUUUAAAAAACUGGGCAAUAAUUGACAAGAUUUCUCAUCCUUUUGUUACUAAUCUAUUACACAUUCUUCUCGAUUUUUACUCCAAGGCAAAUUCUAACACAGAACUUAAAUAAUGGUGAAUAUAUCCACUUCAGCCUAAGAAACAGAAUAAAUAAAAUGCUAGAUAAUGUUUUAGAUUUAAAAUUGAGUAAUCCCAUACAAUUAAGUUUUAAUGUUGACGGUCUCACGCUUUUUCAAAGUUCAAGUUUGCAAUUUUCGCUUAUUAUUUGUUUAAUAAAAAAUCUUAAAAUAAAUUCAUUUGGUGUUUGGUGAGUCUAUUGUGGAAAAUCAAAACCGGAUCCAAUAAACUUGUUUCUAGAAGAUUAAAUCAAUGAGCUUCAAUACUUAUUAACUGGCCUCCAAUACGAUAAUGUUUAUUAUAAAAUUAAAAUUUACACUUUUCUGUGUAAUGCACCAGCUAGAGCUUUUCUGAAAUAUAUAAUGGGGGAUAUUCUUGUGAUAAAUGUGAAGAGCAUGGUGAUGAUAUUAAUGCAGAGUUAUACUUAGAUACAAUCCAUUGGCAAAAUUCAAAUGUGUUGAGUAAUUUUUUUUACAAUCAGAUAAAGACCAUUACCAUGGUGUUUCACUACUUACAGAAGUAGUAGAUAUUGGUAUGGUGAACUAUUUUCCCACAAUCUACAUGUGAGUGUCUUGGAGUAAUGAGAAAACUUUUAAAUAUAUGGGUUACUGGCAAUUUGCGAGUAGUCAAUGAUAUUUCGAAGCAAUUAAGCUCUUUUUAUGAAUAUUUUCCAGCUCAAAUUAAUAGAAAACCACGAACUCUGUUAGAAUUGCCUUGCUCGAAAGCAGCAGAAUUUCGUAGUUUUUUUACUUUAUUUAGGACCUUUAGUUUUGAAAAAUUUUGUUACAUUAAGAGUUUAUGAGGAUAUUCUUUUAUUUCAUAGUGGGUUAUUAAUUUUGCUUUCUUCAAAGUAUUUACAAAGUUAUGGUACCACUAUUGCAUUACAACUUUUGAAUCUUUUUGUUUCUUAUGGUUAAGAAAUUUAUGGUUUACAAUUUUACGUCUACAAUGUGCUUGUUUUAAGUCAUCUUGCUAUUAAUGCCAACAAAUUUGGUACCUCAGAUGCCUUUUCCGCCUAUCUAUUUGAAAACUAACUUGGAUAAAUUAAGAGUUAUAUAAAGAAUCCUUUACAGAAAAUUUAUAAUCGAAUUAUUGAAUCAAAUAAUAAAAUUGCCAAAACUUAUUUAGAAAACAUUUCUAUAGAAUUUUUAUAUGCAUACCAAAGUGGCUUCAUGUUAAAUCUUAAUAAAAAUUUUAG